UCCAGACUGUACUAACACACAUCAAUGGCUACCAUUACCUCCCAAAUCAAUUUGUGGCUCAAGAAAGGCUGCAGCCAUGGCAUCCUACUAGCCAAGAAAGCCCUCCCACUUCACAGAUUCAUGGAGGGCUCCUCAUUUCUUGGACUGACAAGAAACGGGGGACCCACUGGGGACCUGAAAUCCAUAUUUCAGCUCGCGAAAACCCUAACCACGGCGCUGCAUGGGUUUGAAAAGGCCGCAGAAGAUCAAAACCCUGCUGAAAGAAGAUUAGCAGAUUCCUGGGAAGAGAUUCAUGGCGAAAAUAACUGGGUUGGCCUUCUGGAACCCUUCGAUUCUCUGCUAAGAACCGAGCUGAUCCGCUAUGGAGACAUGGCUCAAGCAUGCUAUGACGCUUACGAGGAAGACCCAUCCUCCAGAUUCGGCUACAGAAUAAAGAUUGAGCCCCACGUGUUCUUUAAGAGCCUGGGAUUGACCAAAUACGGCUACGAUGUCACCAAAUAUAUCUACUCAUCGUACAACGUUGAUGUCCCAAAUUUCUUGGCGAAACCCCUCUUGUCCGACGAUUGGACCGACGGAGCAAGCUGGAUCGGCUAUGUCGCCGUCUCAAACGACGAAUACUCACAACACCUCGGCCGCCGCGACAUAACCAUUGCCUGGAGAGGCACCGUGACAGGCCUGGAGAUAUUCGCAGACAUCCAGGACUUCAAAACCUCCCUAGAAGACCAUAAUCUCCCCACCUGUGACCCUGCAAUCAAGGUUGAAGAUGGAUUCUUGGAUGUAUACACCAAGAAGGACGAAUCCAACACCUUCUGCAACAAAUCAGCAAGAACUCAGGUGACAGAAGAAGUCCAGAGACUCCUCCAUGAAUACUCAGGCGAGAAGCUGAGCAUUUCAGUGACAGGCCACAGCCUGGGCAGCGCUCUUGCCACCAUAAACGCUUAUGACAUAGCAGAAAUGAGACAAAACAAUGAAGACAACAUACCUGUCUGUGUGUUCUCGUUUUCGGGGCCGAGAGUUGGGAACAUCAGAUUCAAGCAGAGAAUGGAAGAACUGGGAGUGAAAGUACUGAGAGUGGCGAACAUUCACGACGCCGUGCCGAAAGUGCCUGGGGUUUUGUUGAACGAGCGCUUGCCUGGGUUUAUGCAGAAGGUUGUUGAGUUUUUGCCAUGGAGUUAUUUUCAUGUGGGGGAAAAGCUUAUGUUGGAUCACACUAAAUCUCCGUUCAUAAAAAAGUGGAUCGACCUUGCAGAAGUCCAUAACUUGGAGCUUCUUCUGCAUUUGGUGGACGGGUACCAGGGGGAAGGGAGAGAGUUCUUGAGCGCCACUGGGAGGAAUCUUGCGCUGGUAAACAAAUCUAAAGAUUUGUUGAAUGAUGAUUUGCAUAUUCCACCGAAAUGGAGGGACGCAUUGAGGAAGAAAGCUGAUAACUGAUUAGGAACUCCAAGCUAAGGGACACGUUCAUUGGUUGUUUUAUUUAUUAACAGAUGAGGUUGUAGGAUAAGUUUAUUGUUGCAUUGCUAUUUAUAGUAUUGGUUUUCUUGUCGAUAGGAAACAUUUGAGUUCUUGUAGAAUUUUGGUAAAUGUGUUUACACUCAAUUUGAAGUCAAUAUAAAAUUAUAAGAAUAGUACAUUGUCUACAAA